AUGUCUGCAUCACCCACCGCUCGUCAAGCCGUUUCCCACGCCCUGCCCAUGAUGGCCGUUAAGACCAAGAAGAUCGUCAUCACCGAUCCCAUCCAGAUGCCCGAGGUGUACUCCUCGACGCCCGGCGGUACCCUGUACUCCACCACGCCCGGAGGCACCAAACUGAUCUAUGAGCGUGCUUUCAUGAAGAAUCUGCGUGCUUCCCCCCUGAGCCAGACGCCGCCCAGCAAUAUUCCCAGCUGCCUGAUGCGCGGCACUCCACGCACCCCGUUCAGAAAGUGUGUGCCCGUGCCCACGGAGCUGGUGAAGAAGACCCAAUCGCUGAAGAUCGAGGAUCAGGAGCAGUUCCAGCUGGAGCUGUAACCCGAUCAGCGCUGGGGCCUCAAUUCCAAUCAAGCAGCAACUGCCAAAAUCAUUUAGUUCUUACGUUUGCCCAGACACUGAUCUUAUAAUCUUAGAGAGCGUCCGUCAUCAGUUAACAAAACU